AUGGAAGGUAACCGCGCCAAAAUUAUGGCUGUCGUGAAGGCUCAAGAGAGUGAAGAGAAAGCAGGGGAACAAGAGGUGAACAAGAAUUCUGUGACAAGACAGGGUUCGAAAGGAAAUCGCAACCAAUCGGUGGACGCAGCGGAGGAUUCUGACUGGAGAGCACUGCGGCUGAGCAGGCAGAACAAUCGUUCUUCAAACGCCGUGGACGAAGCUGCAGAGCUGUUGGCAGAUAUCACGAAGGAAAUACCAACUUCUGCUACGUCAUCUCCCACCGAGACCGAGGCUAGCAACAAUGGCGCCUCUUCUCCAAACGAAGGGAAACCACUUCCGCUAUGGAAACAAAUGCUGCGAGACAUCGUUGGUCAAUCCGACAGCUGGACUAUCUUUACCAAAUCUGUAAAGUCCAAGGAUAGUUUGAGGUCAUUCCUGGAAAAAGUCAAACAAGGGAAGGAAUCGAUUAACGAUUCCAAAUACCGGAAUCCUAAAAAUGGACAAAAUCUGUUGCAUUUCUUUCUCGACCAAAGAGAUGGAGAAGCCGUAUCGAUGUUAUUGGAUGCAGUUGAAGAUGAAGAAUAUUUCCUGUGUAGCUUUCAAGUUACAUUCGGAAGGAAUCAAGGAGAAAAGACGGCGCUGCAUCAAUUGUCGGAGUUUGGUGACGUUGACCUUCUGCGCCAGUAUCUCUCCAAAAUCUCCGACCAAGCUACCAAAGCCAAAAUGCUCUACGAUUCUGUUCCUGUCGGGGUCGAAGGUCAAAGGCCAAGGCUACUCCCGUGUUGCCACCUAGCGGCGUACAGGGGUCACGAGGCCGUGGUGAAGUACCUCGUGGAGGAGAUGGCCGUGCCUGUUGAUCACGUGAACGCCAGGAAAGACUCCGCCCUCAUGUGGGCGGCACGGUUUGACCACGCCCCCACAGUACGUCGGCUCAUUUCUCUUGGCGCCAACGUGAACCUGGUCAACGAUAAAGGUUCUUCUGCUCUCUACUGGGCUGUGCGCUACGGCUGUGAGCGAACGGUCAAGGUUCUGGUCAGGGAGGGUCAGGCUGAUGUGAACCUGGGCAGGAAAGUUGGGCUGAGAGCGCCGAUCAUCCUGGCAGCGGCGAUGGGAAACGGAGAGAUCUGCAAGAUUGGGCCGGACCAUGUGAACAAGGCCGGUAACACACCUUUACACUGUGCUUGUCAGAAGGGACACAAUCAAAGCAUUAUCUCCCUUGUUGGACACCACGCUCUUGCUGAUAUAAGUAAUGACGAAGGUCAAACCUGCCUGCAUCUGGUGGCCCAGAACGCCCACAUCGCGGUGAAUACACUGAGAGACCUGCUGGAAUACGUCAUCAAGUCACACCUGUGGACCAACGUCGGAGUACAGGACAUCUCCGGGAACACACCUUUGCACACAGCCGCCAUGUUUGCCUCUCCCGAGGUACUGUGGGAGUUCCGUGUUCUACGUAUUGAUGACGAAGCAAACAAUGAUGCCAACACGGCGUUGCAUUUGGCAGUAAGGGAGGGUCAGGACGACGGCAGGUCCUUGGACACUCUGCUCAACAUGUACGAGAGCAACAACUACAUGGCAGACUUGAACAAACAGAACACGAAAGGAGAGACGGUGCUUAUGUUGGCAGCAAGGGUAGAACCUCAAGAGUCGUAA